AUGGCAAUAUCUCAUGUCCAACCUCUGCUCCUUCUCCUCGCAUCACUUUUCUUCUUACCUGUUCUGUGCGCCAUCAAAUUCCAAUAUUGCAAUGAUAUUGGGUAUGAUUUCGCUAACAUAACUGGCGUGUCGUUCUCCCCUAAUGGCGAUGACACAAAGAUAGUCAUAUUCGGUAACGCAAGCAGAAGCCUUAUUGCAGGAGAUGUAGGCGUGUGCUUUUUUAUUGGCGCAAGUGAAUCCUUGGGUGGAUGCCUUUACAGCCUCGAUAAAGUGGCGAAUGUAUUACCUAUUGAACCUGACACAUCCUUUGUCUUAACACUUAAAGAAGUUCCUUUCAACGAAGAACUUCUUUACACACCAAAAAAACAAAGAUUAGUGUAA